GGUUUCAGACUUGGCUUUCAAGAGGAGCUGGUGCUAUUGGCUUUGUGUGCUGUGCUGUGAGCCCUGCUGCAGGGAGGUGAGCAGAGAGCAUGGCUGACCUAGGAACCCCUGACAAGAAUGCAGUGACCUAUAAUGAUGUGCAUGUCGACAUCACUCAGGAAGAAUGGGCAUUAAUGGAUCCUUCACAGAGGAAUCUCUACAAAGAUGUGAUGGUGGAGACCUAUAUGAACCUCACAGCUAUAGGUUACAAUUGGGAAGAUCUUGAAGUUGAAGAACAUUGUCAAAAUUCUCUAAAACAUGGAAGGCAUGAAAGACCUCAUACCACAGAGAAAUCCUGUGAAUAUAUGGGGUGUGGUAAAGCCUUUGUAUGUCAUAGUCAUGCUCAAAGGCAUGAAAAAACACAAACUGGAGAGAAAUCCUAUGAAAAUAAUCAAUGUAGUAAAACCUUUGCACAACACAGUCAUCUUCAAAGGCAUGAAACAACACACUUGGUUAAAAAACCUUAUAGAUGUAAUCAAUGUGGCAAAACCUUUGCUUAUUGGAAAGCCUGCUGCCAUGCCAGGUUGGCCUCCUCGACAACUGCUCAGUCUUUUACUGCUGCUGCCACUGACAGACACUCUCAGCCCCCAGCCACAUGCCAGCAGUUACAGGUGCUCUCAGCCAGGCCAAUCACAGCCUGCGUUCUCUGCCCAGCCAUGUGGCACAGUGACAUCCAGCCUCAUACCCUGCUGCCUUCAUCAGCAGAUCUGGACCCUCAGGUUACAACUGAGGUUGUACUGAGGUUCUACUCUACAACUGAGGUUCUACCACUAUACGACGACUCUGCAUAA